CAGCGCAUAUAUAUGUUUGAACUUUCGCUCUAGUCGGGAUACCUUCACGUAGAAAACAACAGUCAUGGAUCAGCAGCACAGUAACGGUGACGUCCAGACGUCUGGGGCGGACAGUCUGGAGUUCAGACUCCUGAUGGCAUACACCCGCAAGAGACGACCCGCCGACACCCGCCUGCAGCAGGAUGUCCCGUCUUCGCCACAGCCAACUGAAAAACACCGCAAACCACAGAAAAAUAAAAGAAAGAAGAGACUUUCUUUUCUCUUAAAAUGUAUUAAACCACAGGCAGAUGAACAGCGAGAACAACAGCCAGCGACACUUGACACAUCGGAUGAUGGGAAAAUAGAUGAGGUGGAAAACAUGGUCAGUGAGCUGACAGAGAUAUCAGACUCUGUGCACUUCACGUCAUCUGAUAUAGAACCGGACAGCGUAGAUGAGGAGUCUGAUGUUGUGAAAAAGCUGGCUGAGAUGCUCAAAGAACAUGGCGAUGAAUUGAAUGAGAAGAUAAAGGCAGAUAAGGUCUUGCUUGCCAUGCUGCAGUCCUCUCUCACAUACGGCUUCUUCAAGAAAGUAAUGGAGGCUUUUUGCGGCGGUGUCUCUCCAGACGUGCCUCCGGAGCAGAAAGACAAGAAAGUCGAUGUUGCUUUGAUCUGUGAAGCCACCAGUCAGCUUGUUGGCAUCCACUACCAUCCCAUGACCUAUGUGAUGAACUUAGGCGCCCAGUAUUUACAGGAAAAUUACUCUGGGUGGAUUAGCAGAAACAUGCAUGUAGGCAAUGGAGAAGUUGGUGACGAAUCCAAAGAGGAAGUCCAGUGAGCAGAUGAGAUGCUUUCCUCACAUUACAAAAGUCUUUCUCAGGGGCACAGGCACUUUAUUCACUCGAAAAAGAGAUUUUUUUUUUUAGUGAACCAGCAAUGAUAUAGUGUAGCUUGUUUUUGUCCCCCACUACAUCCUCAUAACAUUCAAAAGGAAAAAAAAAGUAGUUUAUAGUGCCAAAUCAAAGUGUAUGUUCAGCAUACCUCAUGGAAAGUGCUAUGGAUACUGCCUCUAAAUAUUACACCAAAAGUAGUGUCCAGGUGCUUUGAAACCCAGCAUAACAAAACCCAGUUUAGCUCCACCUGUAAGCUAUUUUUGGCAUUUAAUGAGGCAACCAAAUUAUUGUUUUUUGCCCUUUUGUAAAACAAGUUUUGUUCUGGAAUGAACAAAUUUUCUAUACUUGAACUUUAUAGUCAUUUAUUUAAGAAAAUAUAAAAUGUGUUAUGUCAUUUUUCAAUGUGAUUAAAAAAUAACUGUGAAAAUGUUA